CUUAUGUCAGCAAUUGCGUGGUUCCCAUGGUGACCAGGAGUUGGGCCCGAGGUCAGAGCGCCCGCAGCCAGGCGCACUACGGUCCCUGAGCAGCGAUGCCCAAACCCAGUGAUACUCUGUGGGAUAUUGCUAAAGCAGAAGUGGAGAAAAAAGAAAAUCUUGAAGGCAAUGGAGAUGGAGUGGAAGUUUGGGAAAAAUCACUACUCUUUAUGGGAAACAAAAAUGGGGGAAAGACUACUAUUAUACUGAGGUGUCUUGACAGGGAUGAAAUUCCAAAACCAACAUUAGCCUUGGAAUAUACUUUUGGAAGAAGAGCAAAAGGUCAUAACAGACCAAAAGACAUUGCACAUUUUUGGGAACUAGGUGGUGGAACCUCAUUAUUGGACUUGAUUUGUAUACCAAUAACUAAUGACAACAUAAGGACUUUUGCUAUAAUUCUUGUUUUGGACCUUUCCAAACCUAAUGAACUAUGGCCAACCAUGGACAGUCUCCUACAGGUCACCAGGAACCAUGUGGAUAAAAUUAUAACUAAACUGGGAAAAACAAAUCCUAAAGUAGCUACUGAAAUUAAACAGAGGACGUGGAACAAUAUGCCAAAGGAUCACCCAGAUCAUGAAUUAAUUGACCCUUUUCCAAUCCCUCUGGUGAUAAUUGGAAGCAAAUAUGAUAUUUUUCGUGAGUUUGACUCUGAGAUGAGGAAAAUAAUGUGCAAGACACUUAGAUUUGUUUCGCAUUAUUAUGGAGCAUCACUAGUGUUUACCAGCAAAUCUGAGGCCCUCCUGCUAAAAGCCCGUGUUCUUAUUAAUCAUUUGGCAUUUGGCUUUGACAGAAGCAAAUCCAUAUCUGUGGAUCAGAAUAAACCAUUGUUUAUCCCAGCAGGAUUGGAUUCUCUAAAUCAAAUAGGACCACCACCUGCCUCUGACAGUGAUAUUGGAAAACUGCAUGCACAUACACCUGUGGAUUUGUGGAAAAAAAUAUAUGAAAAAACAUUUCCACCUAAGAGUACUAGGGACUUAAAAGAUGUCAGUGAUCCUGCCCAGGAUACACAGUAUGCUGAGUAUGAAGUUGAUGCAAUGCGAACUCAGAAGAAUCAGGAGCUAGAACAAUAUAAGAGAAAUGCCUCUAAAUCCUGGAAAGAAAUGGAGUUUGAACCUUGAUUGAGAUAAGUGCUUGGCUCUCACACUGAUUUUAAUUUUGUGUUUUGUACAUGUUACGAUCGAUCAUCAUUUUUGAGUAUUAUAAAAAGUAAUUGAAACUGGUGUUUUAUACAAUUGGAAAAAUAUGUAAUACCAAAUAACAAACAUACAAUAAACAAACAGUUAAUAUAACAUGAUUGCAUCUAUUAUUAAAUUAUAAAAAAACUUGUUAUAAAUUAAUAGUUAAAUUCAUGUACUAUCAUGUGAACUGAAAAUAUUUUCCGGUGAGAAAAUAAACCUGAAUCAUCAGCCUCAAGUAGAUUUUGGAAAAUUUAAAAAAGAUUAUUCCCAUGACUGGGUUUAAAUAUGAAGAAUGGGACUCUUAAGGCCAUAUGUUUUGUUGGUUUAUUUAAGUUCCUACAUAAAAUAUGCAUUUAAGGGCACAAACAGAUUAUUGCAAGCCCAGAACUGUACCUCUGUACCCAAAAUAUGUGUAUUAAGUCAGAUGUUUCCCAGUUUGCAGAUACAUAUUUUAGGUACUAAGUAACCCAUUAAUUGAGAAGUGCUACAAGAGAGAGACUUCCAUACAAGCUGCCUGAUAUAAUAUAGUUAAAACCAGGUUCUGUUAAUCUUGUAUAGGAGCACGUUCCCAAAGACUAUACCCAUUCUGCAUAGAACUAUGUUAUGGCUCCUGCUCACCAAUAAG